AUGACGCUUAGCACCACCUUUGCCCAAGCCUUUACCUCCUUUGCCGCGACCGGACAUUCUCGGUUGUCUGAAUUAUCGUCAAGGUUUGAAAAGGGAAAGGUCUCGCACUAUGUUAAAUUACUGCAGAACAGAACUCACUUUUCAAUCUAUACCCUUCAAUCUGACCUCUCGGGAAACAUUAUUUCUUGUAUUUACAUAGAUUUGUUCUUAGUAAAAGGACAACAAAAGAAUAUUAUAAUUUUCUUUCGCCCCAGUGUUUAUUGUAAGGCAUGCAUAUCAAAGCAGGGUGUCUCCGAAGCCGAACCAAUCAGAAAUGCAUAAAUUCUUAAAUAUCCAAUCGGCUUGCGACAGCCUCCUGAUAAAUCGCGGCCAUAAAAAUUGCCAAGCUUUCACAUAGAGCCUUUAAUCUUCUGAACAUCAGUUUCACAGUCAUGGCCCGAACCAAGCAAACAGCGAGAAAGUCCACCGGAGGAAAAGCGCCUCGUAAACAGCUGGCUACUAAGGCAGCUCGAAAGAGCGCUCCUGCUACUGGUGGCGUGAAAAAACCGCACCGUUACAGGCCAGGAACAGUGGCCCUCAGAGAGAUCCGUCGUUAUCAGAAGUCCACCGAGUUGCUGAUUCGCAAGUUACCGUUUCAGCGUCUUGUUCGAGAAAUCGCUCAGGAUUUCAAGACCGACUUGCGCUUUCAAAGCUCAGCCGUGCUGGCUCUUCAAGAGGCUAGCGAAGCCUACCUGGUCGGUCUUUUCGAGGACACCAACCUUUGCGCCAUUCACGCUAAACGUGUCACCAUCAUGCCUAAAGAUAUCCAGUUGGCUCGCAGGAUCCGGGGCGAACGUGCAUAACAGCUCAGCUCGGUUCUGACAAUCUCACAUUACAAACGGCUCCUUUAGGAGCCACCACCUGACAAUAAAGGUUAAUGGCCAAUAAACUGCUUCUUACCUUGUCUCUACUUAUUUCUUUAUUAGUUACUAGUGAAAUGAGACAGAAAUAAUUCUCAUACUCCACGCCGUUACAAGUGUUUCGCGAUAAGGACACAGUAGAGUACUAGUAUCUCUAAGCUUACCAAAAAAUUAGUGAUUGCGCCCAACAACUCCUUAUUCGUUCAGUUAAUCUCUCUACGUGUCUUCCUAAGUUGACGUUUACAAUCCAUCUCAUUUUCAAAGAACUUAGCAAACAUCUUAGAGGUAACAGAUCUAUCGCGAUCAGUAGUAACUGAUCCCUCUGCGGUCCGCUAUAACAACUUAAGAAAAGAGUUGCACAAGUAACCAACAUUAACUAUCGCUGUGGAGACUAUAACGAGACAUGUCUGUCAAAAGCACCCAGAAGAAAACUUCUAAACAGCCGGCCGAACACCCUAAGUAUGCAGAAAUGAUCAUACAAGCCCUUCACGCCCUGAAAGAUCGUAAUGGUUCUUCGCGUCAGGCUGUCGACAAGUACGUUAAGAACCAUUUCAAAGUGGGAGACAAAGCAAGUCAUGUUAUUAAACACUUAUGUUCGAGAAAUGCAUGCAACGGCGAAAAUGGCGAAACUGGCGAAAAAUCGCCAGCCGCUGGCGAUUUGAAUUUUUGGAAAAUGCCAAAUGGCAAAAUGGCAAAAAUCACCAGCCUCUGGCGAUUUGAAUUGCUGGCGAUUUUGGCCCCUUGAAAAUGAUUUUGGCCGAUUUUGGCAAAAAUGCAAUGCAAUGGCAAAAAUGGCAAAAAAUCACCAGCCUCUGGCGAUUUGAAUUGGAUGCCAAAAGUGGCCCCUUGGAGGCUGGCGAUUUUGGCGAAAUUGGCGAUUUUGGCAAAAAUUGCCAUGCAUGCAAUGGCAAAAAUGGCAAAAAAUCACCAGCCUCUGGCGAUUUGAAUUGGAUGCCAAAAGUGGCUCCUUGGAGGCUGGCGAUUUUGGCGAAAAUGGCGAUUUUGGCAAAAAUCGCCAGAGGACUGGCGAUAUGUGGCAAAAUAUUCUAAUUGGAUGCCAAAAGUGGCCCCCUCAAAGUAGAUAACUAAAGAGGUCCUUAUAACUGUGAGGCAACAGUGCUAAAAAAAAGUUCAAAUUACUCUCCUAAUAAGAGGCCCCAAUAACUGUGAGGCAACAUUUAUCAAAUACAACUGAAUCAAAUAUAUGACAAAACAGCUUUACCUAACGGUCAAACAACAUUAUUUUAUCAAAUACAACUGAACCAAAUAUAUCUGAAAACAACAAAUGGAAGUCGUUUCACUUAAGCUAAUAUGUAUUUGUGCCAUGUACUUCACAGGUUAAGUAAACAUUUCCUUACUUUCGAUGUCGCUUGACUUACCAAAAGUGACGUGAUACGCUGAAAUAUCACACUAGCAUCAUUUGCUUUUGUAUGGUUCAUUCCUUUCAAAGACUUACAAGUCCACUAAUUACUCGAGGAGAGAACUACCAAGUCCUUGAAAUCAUAAUAAUUCCUUGCCAUGGACACUCUAACUUUUGAGGUUCGAUGUAGACCUUAACAAUGCUCACUGGUUACAAUUCUCUUCGCAUUGGUUCCAUUAAAUUGUGAGGCAGCCAUAAAUCAAAAGCGAUUGCGAAACGCAUGGUUCCUGGCUAAAAGAUGCUUUCACGAUAACCAGUGUGUGCCCUUCAUUCUUUUUUGGUUCUCCACUAUACACAUUAUCUUCUUCCGUCGUUUUAAACUCUUCACUUUCUUCUCGCACUUACUUGUUUCGCUCUUUAGAGAAACGGUCCCCUAAAAGUAGCGAAAGCCGAAAUGUCCAGCAGCUUGCAUGCGCCAUUUUGAAAUGUGUGAAUUCGCUUAUUUCCAAUUUAUGUAAACAUGCACGAAAUGUCACUUGUGCCCCAUACUUCACCGCAUUUAUUGGACAUAAACAUUGGAUCAAAGUAAUAACUUGUUUGUCUCUUUCAUAAAACAUAUCCCAUUCAAACUAAUUCUGUAUCUUUUCAUUCAACUAGAUAUAUGAAAAGAGAGUGUACAUGUUUGUUUCGUUCUUAAAAAAUGUGUCCCAUUAUUGCUUUAUGAGGUGGGGCCAGAAAUUUAGAAAAUGUAUUGUUUUUUUGCGCUGAGACCACCGAACCAAUUCUCAGUACAGUAUGUGUUCCAUUCAAUUGCUAAUGCUAAUGCUCGUCGAAACACGUCACCCGGCCUUUUUACCUUCUAUUUUAACAAUUGCCUGAGAGUCCCUGUGAACGACAUUAAUCGUUUUGCUUACAUAGAGUGACCACCAAAGUCGGCUGGGAAUGACACUAAUCGUUUCUACUUACAUAGAGUAGUUAUCCAAAAUCGACUAUUUCAACAUGGCCGCCGCGUCUAUAUAACAACUAGUAAACCUUACACGUUCAUGUUCUGUGAAACUGCAAUGAACCAGCUCGUUUAUAUAUACUUGUACGAUUGAACGCCAUUAUAACAAACAGGAUGGAUAUACAAGGCAAUACGGACCAUCUAAUUAUCUGAAUGCGUAGCCAAGAAUCAACCUGGAUUCCUCAUAACAACUAAUGUUGAACGGUCGCUAUUCAAACAAUGCCUACAAGCCUGGAAAAUUAAGGAUACCUAUCUUGGAUUUUUUGGUAAGAAAGUUGCCAUGAACAUUACGAAGAUUACCAUUUACUGAUAAUCGAAUACAACUCGUUGGCCAUUCGAUUUGAAUUGAGCAAGAAAUUAGUUAUAAGUGGUAAUUCCCGACCAAACACUCUUGUCUGGGACGAAUUUCAAAUCACAAGAGAUUAUCAAUAAAACAGAUUAAUGACACUUAAGUUACAGUAGCGUUGUCAUUAUUAGUAUACAAUUAUACUAUUGGAAACAUUUUUAUAUUAAUAUGUGGUUAACUAUUUGGCAAUUAAUAGCCAUUUCAAAAGGGACCCUUUGCUAUGUCAUUUUAAUUUGUCUUGACAAAUUAGGUAUUUCAUCCAGUAAUUGCCAUUUCUGCCAAAACACGUUUUAAGAACGAGGCCAACAUGCACUCUAUAUUUUUUUUUUAUUUGUGGUUGAUGAAAAGAUACAGAAUUAUUGCACGCCAUUUUCGCCAAAAUCGUCACUUUCCAAAGGGCCCCUUUGCCAUCUCAUUUGCAUUUUUACUUAUAAUUUGGUGAUUUCGGCGAUUAAUCGCCAUUUCCGCCAUUUUCGCCAAAUACGCCAUUUUCACCAAUAUCGCCACUUUCCAAAGGGCCCCUUUGCCAUCUCAUUUGAAUUUUUGUUUACAGUUUGGCGAUUUUGGCGAAUUAAGCGCCAUUUCUGCCAUUUUCGCCGAAAUCGCCACUUUGCAAAGGGCCCCUUUGCCAUCUCAUUUGAAUUUUUGUUACAGUUUGGCGAUUUUGGCGAUUAAGCGCCAUUUCUGCCAUUUUCGCCAAAUACGCCAUUUUCGCCGAAAUCGCCACUUUGCAAAGGGCGCCUUUGCCAUCUCAUUUGAAUUUUUGUUACAGUUUGGCGAUUUUGGCGAUAAGGCGCUAUUUCUGCCAUUUUCGCCGAAAUCGCCACUUUCCAAAGGGCCCCUUUGCCAUCUCAUUUGAAUUUUUGUUUAUAGUUUGGCGAUUUUGGCGAUUAGGCGCCAUUUCUGCCAUUUUCGCCAAAUGCGCCAUUUUCGCCGAAAUCGCCACUUUCCAAACGGUCCCUUUGCCAUCUCAUUUGAAUUUUUGUGUACAGUUUGGCGAUUUUGACGAUUAAGCGCCAUUUCUGCCAUUUUCGCCAAAUACGCCAUUUUUGCCGAAAUCGCCACUUUCCAAAGGGUCCCUUUGCCAUCUCAUUUGAAUUUUUGUUUACAGUUUGGCGAUUUUGACGAUUAAGCGCCAUUUCUGCCAUUUUCGCCAAAUACGCCAUUUUUGCCGAAAUCGCCACUUUCCAAAGGGUCCCUUUGCCAACUCAUUUGAAUUUCUGUUUACAGUUUGGCGAUUUUGGCGAUUAAUUGCCAUUUCUGCCAUUUUCGCCAAAAUCGCCACUUUGCAAAGAGCCCCUUUGCCAUCUCAUUUGAAUUUUUCUUUAUAGUUGGGCGAUUUUGGCGAUUAAUUGCCAUUUCUGCCAUUUUCGCCAAAUACGCCAUUUUCGCCAAAAUCGCCACUUUGCAAAGGGCCCCUUUGCCAUCUCAUUUGAAUUUUUGUUUAUAGUUUGGCGAUUUUGGCGAUUAAUUGCCAUUUCUGCCAUUUUCGCCAAUGCGUGCAUUUCUGGACAUAUCUCUUAUUAAAAUGGCUCUUAAGAGAGCCGUGGAGAGUGGUCAAUUUAUCAACACCAAAGGGUCCGGAGCUUCAGGUUCUUUCAAGGUCAACAAAGAAGUAAAGAAAGCAAAGGCAGCCAAAGACCCGGCGAAGAAGACCAAAACCGCCGAUCCAGCCAACAAACCAAAAAUAAAGAAGGUCGCCGGGAAGGAAAAGACCGCCCACAAACCAGCCGAGAAAACCAAGAAAUCGCCGGGUAAGAAAGUUUCCAGUAGCAAGAAGAAGACACCUCUCGUGCCAAAGAAGACUGCCACAAAGAAGCCGUUGCCUAAGAAAGCGAAAGAAAGCAAAGCCUCGGUUAAAAAA